UGAGAAAGCAACAGCUCCGUUGAUGAAUCCCUGUAAAAACGAGUCACAUUUCAUUUUUGUCGCUAUUUGACGGAAGUAUCAGUUACGUAAUAAAGAAAACGUCUGUUGAAAACCAAAAUUGAUAAAAACAAACAAUUCAGGCAUGGAAGUGUAUUAUGUUCGUUUUUUAUGCGGUAAAAGACGCUUUAUCCAAUAAAAAAGAAAGGAAGAAUUUCAGAAAAUUGACUAGUUGAUUGACGAAACGAAACAAUUUGAAAACAAUUAUCAAAAGUUUACUUUUUUUUUUUAAAUUAAUGUGUGUACUUCGUGAGGAUAUUUUUUAUUCCCAAAUCCAUGUGCGAAAAAAAGCAAAAAGUUAAACUUAAAUUGAGUCAUUCGAUUGGAUUACUAUUACAAAAGAAGAAAUCACAGGUUUCAUCGCUCGAAACAUUUUUCAAACGUCAACAAUUGGUUGAAGCUGUGUAGACUUCCAAUUAACUAUAAGCAAUAGAAUACGCUCAGUAUCAAAUCCAGCGCUUUAUAUAUUCAACUCAACGAAAUAUAUAGGAUAUUUUCCACUUUUUUGUUUUUUUUUUUCUUCGUUUUUUCAUUUUCUUCUUUGGUGCGUAAUAAUUCCAAGUCAGAAUCCAAAACUGUCUUCGUCGAGUGGAGAACCUGACAAUAUUAGUGAUAUACUGGAUUCGCAAAAUAAUAAUCAACACUCCAGUUUAGAGCUGAACAUAUUAAACGCGAUUGAUGAUCACGGACAGAGAACAUCUCUUGAACCGAUUUUUACACCGUCCGAAGCACAAAGUCAGCGACCUUCAUCAACUUGCACCAUGGGUCUUGAUUUUAUGGACAAUUCUGGUGUACGAGUGGAUUACGAGAAUGCGCUCAUUAAUGCCGGCUUCGGGAAAUUUCACAUUUAUUUGCUCAUCAUUUGCGGUAUGAUCUAUAUGAAUACGGCAAUUGGUAUAACAAUUAUAUCAUUUGUUUUACCAUCGGCGACAUGCGACUUUAAAAUGUCAUCAAGCGACAAAGGCUUAUUGACUGCAGCUCCGAUGCUUGGAAUGCUUGUGGGCUCAUAUUUUUGGGGUUGCUUGGCAGAUACGAAAGGCAGAAAAACCGUAUUGAUUGCCACAUUACUUCUUGAUGGAUUUUGUGGCCUUUUAUCAUCUGUGUCAAUCUACUACUAUGUUUUUAUGCUUUUUCGAUUCUUCAAUGGUUUCGGUGUUGCUGGUGCAAUGGGCAUUUGUUUUCCUUACUUGGGCGAAUUUCAACCGACAAAAUACCGUGAGAAAAUAUUAUGCUGGAUGGAAAUGUUUUGGACCGUCGGUAUAAUUGCUUUACCGGCAAUCGCAUGGUUGAUAAUACCAUUAUCUGUUGAAAUUGAACAUGGCUGGUUCAAGUUUCACAGUUGGAAUUUAUUCGUUGCAAUUUGUGCCAUUCCAAGUUUGCUGUUGGGAUGUUUGUUAUUCUUAUUCCCGGAAAGUCCAAAAUUUCUGAUCGAAUGUGGCGAAACAGAAGAAGCCCUCGAAGUCUUGAGGUAUAUGUAUCAACAGAAUACUGGCAAUGGUCAAACUGAAUAUCCGAUCAAAAGUCUAAAAGAGCGAGAAAGCAUUAGUACAAUAUCACGGCGAACAAGCAAAUCGGUGCGUACGCUCAGCAUGCGAAAGCCAAAAGAAGUAAAAAUGCUAGUGUCAGAAAUAUGGCAACAGACGAUGACAUUGUGUAGGCCACCCCAUUUACGAAAUACCGCUUUAACUUGUGCCAUUCAAUUUGGCUUAACCACAAGCUAUUAUACGCUAAUGAUAUGGUUUCCCGAGCUUUUUUAUCGGUUUGAAGAAUUUGAACAUCUACAUCCCGGUGAAUCGGCCUCAGUUUGUGAAGUUUCCUCAGUCAUGGUUAAACCACUGAAUGGAACGAUAGCCAAUGAACCAUGCAUUCCGAAGAUUCAAGAUGAAGUGUUUUAUCAUACAAUAAUCAUUGGAAUAAGUUGUAUACCGACCAGCUUAUGGUUGCCAUUAUGUGUUCAUCGAUUGGGUGCAAAAUUCUUUCUAGUGUUUAGUCUAGUGGUGGCUGGUACCGUAACAAUUGGAUUAUACUUUGUGCAUAAUCCAACUGAAAAUUUAAUAUUGUCUUGCAUAUUUGAGGCGCUAACGUCGCUCGGUAUUUCGACCGUCUAUUGCGUAAUGGUGGAUUUAUUUCCGACUAAUUUGAGAGUUAUGGCAGCAGCAUUAUCUUUAACUUUCGGCAGAGGUGGCGCAUUAAUAGGCAAUUUAAUAUUUGGAUCGUUAAUCGAUUUAAACUGUGUCAUACCAAUAGUAUUAUUUUCUGCAAUGUUAUUUAUUAGUGGCUUCUUAUGUUUGCUGUUGCCGAAUACCGGCGGUCAGGCACUGGAUUGAAAACCACUGUUACUGCAUUAGUAACACCACUGAAUGUUAGCUCUCGAUUUCGAUAAAAUAGCGGUAAGAACCAUGUGACACAACAAUUUGUUUCGUGUUGCGUGGCAAUGAAUCUCAAGACACUAGUUUAUUUUAUUAAUAACAAAUCACUGAUCUUAAAAAUGAUAGAGAAAAAAAUUUAUAUAUAUAUGUUUGUUUCGAUGUUAAUAUAUUGGUAGGUAGAUAAACAGAAUGUUCACACCAGCGUGAAAAUUAGCUAUAUAUUUUUUUUUUGUAAUAUUCGUUGUGGAAGAGAAUUUUAAGUUUUUAGACUUUAUCAAAUAAUAUAUUAUUUUGUUGACACGAUUCUAAGAGAUAAUUUUGGAAAAUGUGAUUCAAUCAUUCAAAGUUGUAAAUCAUAAUUCAAUGGAAAUGUUGAGUUCACAACUUCUAAAUGUCGAAUCUAUACUGAAUUUGUUUCCAUUCGAUUAUCGCUCGGAGGCAGGUGACAAAAUAUGCGAUGUUAACUGUUUAAAUGUAUAAGUUUCAUUUUGUUGUGCAGCACAUUAUUACACUUUGAUUUACCAAAAACCGAUCCAUAAUUUUCUUUUUCUAAAUUGGUGAAAGGUGUGAUUUGAACGAAUGCCAUUACAAAUUACUACACUGAUUUCAAUCUGUGGUAUUUAAAGUGCUUUAACAAGUAGUUGAUCGAUUUGCCUUUAAUGUCGAAAAUACAGUAAUAAAAAUAGAUUUAUUUUUUUUAGUUAGUAAUUAAAAUAAAAACAAACAAUUAUUUCACGUUUAUAGGAAUUUGCUGUGACUUUUAAAAUUAUUAUAAAAAAACUGCAAAUAUCAAAGAAAAUAUAUAUAAAAGAAUGAACAAGUACGAGCCAAAUAAGGCUGACCAUGACAAUUUAUAUUAUAAAAUGUUCAAGUUCAUGAGCCAAAAUUUUGGAAUGAUCUAUUCAUAUGGUUUGAAUGUCGAUUAUUUGCCGAAUUUUUUGGCCAUGAAAUGGAUCACAUAGUUUUAAUGUUGUUAAGAUUCACUUGUUUCAAUUUAAUAGAAAAUAAUUAUUUAACAAAAAAAAAACAUACUCACACAAAAAACCACAAGAUUUUAUAAAGAAUCGAAUUUUAUUUUGAUUUAAGAACAAGAAUAAUUAAUAGGAUGAAGUUUACAAUUCAUUCAAUUGACUUGAAACAAAAUCAAAAGAGAACAAAAAAAUGCAAACUCGUUUUUAUAUAUUUACAUAUCUUGUAAUUGUAGUGUUGAAUUAAUCGAUAGGUACCUGCGUUGCGGAACACUCAAACAUGUAAGAGAUAGCGAAAAAAAUACACUGAAAAUUACUAUAUUAUGCACGUGUAUAUUGAACAAAAUCUGUGAAUUAGAGCAUGCCUUAAUAAAUAGUUUUUAAAGUUGAAAGAAAAAAAUGGACACUUCAAGCAGGCGCGGAGAAGCACCCGAAGAAAUGAAAACAAUCAAAUGAAAAAAUUGUUGAGAAUUAUGAAAAAAAAGGUGGAAAGAAAUGGAAUGAAAGAAUAACAUAAGCUCAAAAAUUAACUAGUUUGUUAUAAGUAUUAAUGAUUUGUAUCUUAAUGGCUUUAAUGAGAGUGCAAGACGAAACGUUAUUAAAAUUGCAAAUGACAUUGUUUAAAUGACAAAGAUCACGAUGUUCUUUAUUUUCCUUUAUUAUUAUUAUUUUUUUGUUGUGUUUUCAAUAUGCCUAAAUGUAUGAUAUGUAUAUGAUUUUUUUUUUUCGGUUCGAAAAAAAUUGAGCCAAAAAAUGUUUGAAUGAAAAAUGGGCCAAAAAUCAAACACAUCACCAAUCAAUAAAUGGUAAAUGAAUUAGUGUAAAGCAGAUGAUUCCGAUAUUGUAUUUGGCUUUGUUGUUGGUAAUAAAUCUGUCGUUGAGCUAACCAUGGCAUGUGAAUUAUGUGUGGUGGUUAGCAUGCACAUGCCGGGAUAUGUACCAAAUAAUGGAAAUGGUGCUAUCGAUGAUGGUCCCAUUGCUGUUACAUUUUGAAAACCAGUCGCAUAGAUUCCCUGCCGCUGUGCAAUUUUCAAUCGUGAUGUCAACUGUUUUUUCCAUUUGGUUCGACGAUUCUGAAACCAGGUUUUUAUUUGCACCUCUGUCAAAUUUAGCGUUUUCGAUAAUUCCAUGCGUUUGCUCACACUCAGAUAUUUAUCUUGUUUGAAUUCAUUUUCAAGUUUUUCCAACUGUUUUACACUGUACGCUUGUCGCGGUUUUCGAUCAAUGCCCGGCUUACGCGAUCGUUUUCCCAAUAGUUUUGGACCUAAUUGUAAACAUAAUAUAUGUAACAUAAUCAAAUGGAGUCGACGUUUUUUUUUUUCUAAGAAAAAAAAUAGUUUUUUUUUGAAUAAAUUUUCUCUUCUUUUCACUCAUAAAAUUGAAAGAGACACAAUUAGUUCAUUUUUAGAUAUUAUUUUGACUCUGCUAAGUGAACUAACCAAAUUAUUAUUACUAUAUAUAUGUUUUUCGCUCAAAUUUGUUGCAGUCAUGAUAAUUGGUUCAAACGCUACCGAACAAAUAAAAUUAACAUGCGUAGAAAUUAAGUGGAACCAAUUCGAUUGCUCGCACAAAAUACCAGAGAAAAGAGAGAAAUUUGAAUUAAGACAUCUUGAGUAUAUAGAUCACAAUACAAUUAACACGCGCUUCUUUCACGAAAAAAAGGAACUAUAUUAGAAUGAUGUUUAAGCUAGAGUCAAAUGUUUGUAUGUAAAUAAAAACAUUGCCAAGAUUGA